AUGUGCGGUGGAAUUGGCCAGCUUACGCUGGAGACAAAUGUGCUGAAGCAGUCAUAUAUUUUAACUGCGUCUCACCAGCAUCAGAGUUUCCAAACAAGACGUCAGGCUGAUCUUGCUGAAAACAAAAUUUUUACUGUCCUUCUCAUGCUUCCCAGCGCAUUUCGUAACUACAAUUACAGUUCCAACAAGCGGACCAUGACAAUAGUAAUUGUUUUCACCGAUCUCAUACUUGCACUGGAAUAG